AUGGCUCCCACCGAUCUCUCCCUCGCCGGCAAGACGGCCAUUGUCACCGGUUCCGGCCGUGAGAACGGUAUCGGUGCUGCCAUUGCCAAGGCUCUUGCCCGCAACGGUGCCAAUGUAACCAUCAACUACGUCUCAGAUGGUUCAGCUCCCCGCGCGGCCGAGGUAGCAGCCAGCCUGGAGGCCCUCGGGGCCAAGGUUGUCGUCUCGCAGGCCGAUGUCUCGACGCCCGAGGGCGCUGCGAAGCUGGUUAAGGACACCCUGACCGGGUUCAAGACUGACAAGAUUGACAUCUUGGUCAACAAUGCUGGCGCCGGUACCGGCCAAGGCAAGCUGCUUACCGAAGUCACCCCCGAGGAGGCUCAGAAGGCGUUUGUCCUCAACACCUUCAGCACCUUGUACCCCAUCCAGGCUGCGGUACCUCACAUCCCCUCUGGUGGACGCAUCGUCAAUGUCGGCACCAUCGUUACACGCUCCUUCAACCUGCCCGGUGUUGGCCUCUAUGGUGCUAGCAAAGCCGCGCAGGAGUAUCUGACGCAUGCUUUUGCUGCCGAGCUCGGUCCCCGCCAUGGCAUCACGGUCAACACGGUUGCCCCCGGCCCCACCACCACGGACGCCGGCGGUUGGUUCCCUGAUGGUGACCUUAAGAACGAGGUCGCCCAAAAACUCUCCCUCACCACUAGGUCCGACAGGGUCGCGGGUGACCCGGAGGAUGUUGCCGGUGCUGUCCUGUUGGUGGUGUCUGAUACAGCCCGGUGGAUUACCGGUCAGUACAUCGCUGCCAGUGGUGGUAUGUCUGCCUAA